GAAAGGGCAUGAGCGGGACGUUCCGAUUGGUGGAGAGCUACAAACCGAAGAAGCCGAUGGAGACUAUGAUCGGGGUGGCUAUCAAGGCAGUCAACGAGCCGAAAGAGGCUUCGGUUGGCAUGAUCAAGAAAUACAUCCGAGAACACUACCCGACACUGGACAUCGAGAACCGAAUGUUCCUUCUGAAGAGAGCGCUGGAAAAGGGAGUCAAGAAUGGAGAACUGGAACAGAUCACCGGGAAGGGGGCCUCUG